CACAACUUUCCAACCAAAAACCCCCCAACAGGCGCACGAAACGGGAGCCGUGGCCGCGAACGGAAACGGAAAGCUUCCCCAUCCCCGUGCUGCGCUCGCAUGGACUCCACGGCGGCUGCUGCUGCGGCGGCGCAGGCGCCGGUGCUGCUGGUGACCAACGACGACGGCAUCGACGCGCCGGGCCUCCGCUUCCUCGUCGACCAGCUCGUCGCCGCGCGGCGCUACCGGGUCCUCGUCUGCGCGCCCGACACAGACAAAUCGGGGGUUAGCCACUGCAUCACAUGGCGCCCCGCACUCCGCUGUAAACGUGUUGAUAUAAGUGGUGCUACAGCAUUUGGAGUUUCAGGAACUCCUGCCGACUGUGCCUCUUUAGGCAUCUCUGGGAAGCUCUUUGAUGGUGUGGUUCCUGACCUGGUACUUAGCGGAAUCAACAUUGGAAACAAUUGUGGAUACCAUGUUAUUUAUUCUGGAACAGUUGCUGGUGCUAGGGAGGCUUUCUUAUAUGGGAUUCCUGCAAUAGCUAUGUCAUAUGAUUGGGUUGCAGGUCAGAGCAGUGUUAAUGACCUCAAGGUGUCUGCAGAGGUUUGUAUGCCAUUGAUAAAUACUAUUGUGACCGAGAUCAAGAAUGGAACAUAUCCUAAAGGAUCAUUCUUGAAUGUAGAUGUACCAACAGAUGCUGCACACCACAAGGGGUACAAAAUUACAAAACAAGGAACAUAUAUGGCCAGAAUUAGUUGGGAGCAAACUGUUUACAAGAAGCCUGCAGUAGAAAGUUACCAGACAGCAAACAUGGAUGUUGACGGUGAAAAGGACAGUGAACUAGUCACACCAUCAGAGAAUGACCUAUUAUUUAAGAGAGUGCUUGUAGGGAGAAGUUCUGAUGGAGUGGAAGGAGAGGACAUGGACCACAUGUCCCUAGCAAAUGGAUAUAUUACCGUUACUCCUCUGGGUGCUCUUUCCCGCACAGAACCAGAUGCCAUACCCUACUUCAAAGCUUGCGUGUCACGCCUGUGAUCAGGAUGCUUACCAGGCCGGCUGGACAGAACCUGCUGAUGCAAUUGCCCGCAAUGUCACGAAUAAAUCCACAUUGAUUUCAGGCAUUCUGUUUAUUGCUAUUGAUGCACUGCCACACUAUGUAGUACAGCAACUCAUAAUUUUAUGGCGUAUGUAUUGCAGAACUACGGCUUUUUGUAACUAUGGUUCUUCAAUAAUUCAUUGGUCUUGUAAUUCUGUGGUUUCUCUUUAUAGCAAUUUAUAAUAGCUUGCAUUA